GGGUGAGGCGCUGUGUUUGCAGGUAUCUCGCGGGCCGUGCUGUUUGGAACUCAACGCUCUCACAGCCAUCGCCAUGGAACGCCGUCAGCUCCAGCCCUGCGUCACCGCCAACGUCACGGCGCACGCGACGUCAUUCGUCACGACGCCUCGGCUGGGCAUGGCGGCAUCCUCUUCCUGGUAACGGUAACGGGGAGCUGGGAGACCGGCGGCCUUCCGGAUGGCGGACUUUGAUGAGAUUUACGAGGAGGAGGAAGAGGACGAAGAGCGGGCGCUGGAGGAGCAGCUCCUCAAGUACUCCCCGGACCCGGUGGUGGUGAGGGGAUGCGGGCACGUCACAGUGUAAGCUCACGGUGCGGGCUCCGGGGGGGAGCUCUGUGAUGGAGCUCUGUGAGGGGGGACCGGAUCCAUAGAGGAGGGGAGCUCUGUGAGAGGGACCGGAUCCAUAGAGGAGGGGAGCUCUGUGAUGGAGCUCUGUGAGGGGGGACCGGAUCCAUAGAGGAGGGGAGCUCUGUGAGGGGGGACCGGAUCCAUAGAGGAGGGGAGCUCUGUGAGGGGGACCGGAUCCAUAGAGGAGGGGAGCUUCCAGGAGGAGGACCGGACCCAUAGAGGAGGGGAGCUCUGUGAGGAGGACCGGAUCCAUGGAGGAGGAGCCCUUAGGGGACCGGAUCCAUAGAGGAGGGGAGCUCUGUGAGGGAGGACCGGAUCCAUAGAGGAGGGGAGCUCUGUGAGGGAGGACCGGAUCCAUAGAGGAGGGGAGCUCUGUGAGGGAGGACGGGAUCCAUAGAGGAGGGGAGCUCUGUGAGGGGGACCGGAUCCAUAGAGGAGGGGAGCUCUGUGAGGGGGACCUGAUCCAUAGAGGAGGGGAGCUCUGUGACAGGGACCGGAUCCAUAGAGGAGGGGAGCUCUAUGAGGGGGACCGGAUCCAUAGAGGAGGGGAGCUCUGUGAGGGGGACCGGAUCCAUAGAGGAGGGGAGCUCUGUGAGGGGGACCGGAUCCAUAGAGGAGGGGAGCUCUGUGAGGGGGACCGGAUCCAUAGAGGAGGGGAGCUCUGUGAGGGGGACCGGAUCCAUAGAGGAGGGGAGCUCUGUGAGGGGGACCUGAUCCAUAGAGGAGGGGAGCUCUGUGAGGGGGACCGGAUCCAUAGAGGAGGGGAGCUCUGUGAGGGGGACCGGAUCCAUAGAGGAGGGGAGCUCUGUGAGGGGGACCGGAUCCAUAGAGGAGGGGAGCUCUGUGACAGGGACCGGAUCCAUAGAGGAGGGGAGCUCUGUGAGGGGGACCGGAUCCAUAGAGGAGGGGAGCUCUGUGAGGGGGACCGGAUCCAUAGAGGAGGGGAGCUCUGUGAGAGGGACCGGAUCCAUAGAGGAGGGGAGCUCUGUGAGAGGGACCGGAUCCAUAGAGGAGGGGAGCUCUGUGAGGGGGACCGGAUCCAUAGAGGAGGGGAGCUCUGUGAGGGGGGACAGGAUCCAUAGAGGAGGGGAGCUCUGUGAGGGGGACUGGAUCCAUAGAGGGGAGCUCUGUGAGGGAAGACAGCAACCAGGAAGCGACCAAGUAAACCGUGUGUCUCGGGGAGACAAUAUGGGGUUCAGAACUGCAACUCCCUGGAUACUUUGCCAGGCUACAGGUUAACAGAGCAUUGUGGGAGUUGAUGUUUAUCAUAAGUGAGGGUCUCUUUCUGUCCUACAGCUGUCUCAAGUUGAGGAUCUCUCGGUCUGUGUCAUACCUGUCUAGGGCUGGACCUCUCUUUAUCUAGUGUAUAUAUAUCUUUACAUGAGGAUCUCUCUGUCUGUCAUACCUGUCUAGGUCUGGACCUCUCUUUAUCUGCUUUAUAUGAGGAUCUCUCUGUCUGGUACUUGGCGUUAGAUUAGGAUCUCUCUCUGCCUGUCCUUAGACAUUAAUCUCUCAUUUGCUGUCUGUUCUAUUUGUCUUUAACAAUGGAUUUCUCUCAAUCUGUCUUAUAGAAGAGCUCUUUAGUAUGGGGGGAGGGGUGCUUUGAACACAGUAACUGUUACAGUUAUGGUUCAAAGUGUUUUUAGAUGCUGACUGGACCUCCAUGUCACUCUGUUCAAAGGAACACUCGAAGCACUAUAAUUGUACCAUCCUCUGUAGUGUGUAAUAUGCCAGGUAUUAUGCCUCUUCCCAUUUAUCUGAAUGCUGCUGCAUGGAGCUUCUUCUUAGCACCUCUGAGCUAAGCCUAUUUCUUAGAGCAUCAGCUAAGCGCUGUCAGCCAGUGAACUAAUGUCUACUCAAGAGCUUGUGGAGACAACUGUUCUAAUACAGCAUAACUUCUUACCCUGGAAGGGUGCCAGGGCAUCCUGGCAGCAUAAUCGCUGCAAGGGGCUGUAGUGUUUGAGGCAUACUUUUAUCUCUUAUGCCAAUUUGUUAGGCACGUUUUUGAUGACUGUCUUGGUACAUCUUCCUUUAUGUAGGGUUAAAAUGAUAUACUUAUAGGUUAUAAUCCUAUACAACAUUACAUUUUUUUUUAAUACACUGUGCCAGCUUGGAAUAUAUAGCCGACAAUUUUUCACAAUUUAUUUUUAUUUUUCUGCUAUGUCAUCAGCAUAGCAGCAAAGGCUGCGGAAUAAAGUCUGCUAUCACAUGUACAAAGUAUCCUGCAAUUUGUAGUAUACUCCUAUCUCUUAGGAAUUGUUAGAUGCUGACAAGUCAUUUAAGAACAGGCUGUCUGUGUAUGCUGAGUUUGGUACUUACUGUGAGGCAGAGGCCAGUCCAGGAACACCGUGAUUGGGGGGGAAAAAGGGCUAAGGAGGCAUGCUUAUUCUACUGAAAACAGUAAGAUAUUUUUAUUUAUUUAUUUUGAGGUCAUAACCUUUAAAGGGUAAGGAACAAAAACAAUUUAGUAAAUAUACCCUCAGAGAAAAUGUGCAUAUAAUUUGGUUUGCAUGUUUUCUUUGGAGAUCUAUGGAAUGUGCCUUGUAAUAGCUGCAAGAUGUCCAAUAUGUAUGGCACCUCAUGUGUGAGAAUAGUGACAAAAGCUCCUGGCAGAUGAAGUCUCCAGGAGCCAAAGAAUGAUGGUGUCUAGGAGGGAACAGAAAUGUCUCUGUCCUCUUUCCCGCUCUGGUCCCCACCACCAUUCAAGUAGUUGUUACCUUGUAAGACUUGGCAAAAAAACACAAAGACUCCACAAGUGCCGGUGCCAUUUUGAAAUUGGAUUUUGCCACUUGAUUAAUGAUAAAAUGUCGGUUUGGCCAGACAUUUGUAUAUAUUUCUAAGAACUAAAUAUAUUUGAAAGCUGCAGGGGACGGUUGUAAAUAGGUGUGCCCUAUUUAUUUAUACUUUCAUUUAAGUAUGCGUUGGCCCAGAAAUGAUUGGGAACCAAUUCUGUAGAGCACAACAUGAAGAUUGACUAAUUUCUCCCCCCUUUGCAUCUCUACUGUAUUACUGAUUGAGAGAGCCAGGAUGUGAUUUCAUAGCCUGUCAUUCUCAGUUUGAAGUAGUGUAGGGAAGUGAACUUUGUGUCAAUGAUUUCCUAUUCUCCCCAUAAGACUGUCAGAUAUUGUUGAUGGUGCUAGCAUGUCUAGAGUUCUGAGGCUACCUGUGUAUUAGUUUUUAAGAUAUCUUUUAGUUUGCAAAAUAAAACUCUUAACUCCAUAAAGCAUUUUACACAUUUAUUCCUGUAUUUAACCUUAUACAUAACUUUAUAAAUUAUUUAUUUCAAUUGGGUAAUAUCAGUGAGCAUCAUAUUAUUAUAAAACCUACGAACUUUUCUGUCAAGCCCUACAAGCUGAAACAGUACUUCUGUCCUUGUUUUCUCACUUUCCUUUUGUACUCUCUUGUAUUUAACUCACGUUUUUGUUUAUUUGGCUCCAAAUCUGUUUAGCUGUUGAUGUCUUUACAUCACAGCUCACUUGAGGCAGUCCUGUCAAUUCAAAAUUAAAUUCAGCAUAAACAAUCUGUCAACUAAAAUAGAUUAAUCUGAACGUCUACAAAACAAUAAAGUCCAUUUUACGUGCAGUGUAGUUAACCAUCACACCAUGCUUCUGUGAGUUAAUAUUUUGUCAAUUUCUCCAGCAAGUGUGUAGGUUACUUGUAUAUCUACCUAAAGAUGAACUUGUCAACCACACAAUUUGGGGAUAAGAGGUUUACUUUUAAUAGACUACCGGUAAUUGUUAAUUGACUAGAUCGUGAUCUCCCUAUAUUAAAUAGCACUAGUGUGCCUUCUAAGCGUCUCUUUUUGUGACAGGUUACAGUUUAUGUAGAACCUAUGCUAGAAAGCUUUUGUGUGGUGUCUGUCUUCCUUUCAGAAAAGUCCAAAAGCUUAAUAUUUGUAAACCCUUUCAAACUGUUAUUUUUAAAGUGCUCAUAUAUUACUAUUUCUCAUAUUGACUAAAGUUGUUUACAAACAUUUGAACUCUCAUAGACCAUGCUUAGCUCAGCAGUUCCGUUCUACUUGAUUCCUUGCCUCUGUGUGGCUUGACAUACCACAUGAACUUGUUAACCAUGGUUCCUUAAAGGUGCCUACUUUGUAGCAUUGAUUAAUGUUAAAACUCUUUAAAAUUAGAUAAGUGGUCUUUUCUUUAAAUUUGUGUCGACCCCUGCCUUAGUUUCUACCCGUCUUGAAGUAUUUUGUUUUACCUGAGUGGUAGUUGGGUGAGUUUCUCCUUUGUUAAUAGACCCCAUGGAGGGCAGUAAGUCCUUAACAAACCAGAGCGCUUUGAAAGUCUAAUCCUGGGGAGGAGUGAGAACAGGAUAUGUGAAUCUGUGCAUCUCCAUCAUGAAAUGACCUACACACUCAGUUAUUGUAGAAAUCUCACAAAGCUGCCUCUAUGCCCAGCAAUUUUACUAGACUAUUCUAAAGCUAUAUAAAACCCACCAUGUAUCUUGGCAUGUGUGGAAUCAAGGUCCGUAUACAAACACAAUUGUAACUCAAUCAUUUUAUAUUUUAACUUAUAUAAGAUUUUCCGUUGGGACUUGUAUAUGGAUUCUUGUAUGAUUGCAGUUUUUGAGUGUGCCUAAUUUAUUCCUUCAGUCAUAAAAUAGCCUUGCUACUCCUAUGGGGUUCUUUGUUUACUAGUUCAGCUGUUUACAACAAGUACAGAAUCUGAUCGAGGAGAUGUUGGAAAUGGCAAAGCCUACAUGUAUCUAUCUAGCCGCCGCGUAUCUUUGUGUAGUAUGCUAUAGUCGCUUCUAAACUAGAAUGUGUGACUUUUACAACACAGUUCUUGGAGAAAGAAGGUAAUGAAUGUUACAAGGAAACAUGAGAAGAAAAAAAAAUUUAAAAAAUAUUUGCAUAUUCCAAUGAAGUAACUAAAACACUGAUCAGCUACAAUGUUGUAAAUACGGUGUAAAAGGAUGAGCUAUUGGUAUUUACUGUCUGAUAUAAAAUGCAGAAUUACUAGAACAAUAAAAAUAACAAAUGUUUUUUUACUGUUCAUUUAAAUCUUAGUUAUACUAAUGAGUGUAUGCAAUAGUUUCUUUCAAAUAUCUUUUUUCAUAAGCCUUUUUGUAUUAUGUCAUGACCUCAUUUAGAAUAUUAUAUUCCAAAGACAUUGCUAACUAUAUAGAAAGAUGAAUAUUUUGCAACCCCAUACAAAGGAUAUAUAGUUAAAAUAAAUAAUCCUUGAAUAUGCACUCCAAAUAUGAAAACCAAUAUUUAUUCAUGUUAUAUUUUUUGGCCUUCAUAAUUAACUAUAUAUUGAAUUGUAUCAUUUAGCAUUUUUUACUAUUUCUUCAUUGUCCCACUCCCACAGUUUUAAAAUACUGCUUGCUAGCUACUGUACAUAUGUAGGAGAUAUCACAGAGCUCACUCUGUUCUUUCUAACCUGCACUUGUUCUGCAAUAAGUUAAGUUACCAGGAGCACAUCAAAUGUUUGUGGUAGUUUUUAGUUACUAAAAAAUUAACCACUUUCAUAUGUAGGAACUAGAUAACUGAACUAAAAGUUACAAAACCCCUGCUCUUAGCUUAAUGGAAGCUAUGCACAGUGCAUUCAGUUUGGCAUUGAAGAAUUGUAGUUAAGUGAAACAGAACCUAUUUAUUUGUCAGCUUUCCUAUCUUUGCACAGAGUGACAUCUGUGACUCCAUGCUUAUACUCCACUAGCAGAUGCAAAGUAUUAUUUUUUUUGAGAACAUAACUUGGUGUUCCUGGACUUUAGACAACUAGUGCCAGAUCUUUACUUUAAUCCUUGCAGAACUGGCAGAACUGGGUUAAACAUGUCCAACAGGUCAUACUUCAUAAACCAGAAUAAGAGGCUUCUUAUUGGCUAUGCUGUUUCCUGGAAUGGGCCAAGCUAAAUGACGAUAUUGUGAUGUCAGAGGGUUUGCAUAAAAAGCAGGGGGUGUAAUUUUUAUAUACAUAUUAUUAAUGAUUUAUCUUUGUUAUACAUUAAACGUGGUUCUCUUCCACGUUCUGUAUCAAAUGGUAUAGUACUAUAUGGUAUUUAUAUUUGCAAUUUCUUCCACUUGUAGAUUUGGGCUUAGCAACAAAUUUGAAGCAGAGUUUCCAUCAUCUUUAACCGGCAAGGUAUGUGUGCGCAUGUUGUACAUAAAGUAAUAUCAUUAUCUAAAGAUAUUGUCUACAGUAACUUAAAUGUUCACUCCAACUACGCAGGUAGCACCGGAGGAGUUUAAAUCCAGCAUUAAUCGGGUGAACAGUUGUCUCAAGAAGAACCUUCCGAUUAAUGUCCGCUGGUUGCUUUGUGGGUGUCUUUGCUGCUGCUGUACCUUGGGCUGUAGCAUGUGGCCAGUAGUUUGUCUCAGUAAAAGAGUAAGUUAUGUUGGUUAUUUUUCCCCCUCCUUCUGUUGAAUUGUUUCCAUAUUUGACAGAUUUGUGGUUACAUAUAUUAAAAUAUUCAUGUUGCCAUAUCCUAUGAAACCUCAUUCUACUAAUCCCCCCCCUUCCUUUCUCUGUGGAGGAUUUGUGAUUGGGUGUAAGUUUUUUUUUUUAUUUUUAUUUUUUUAUUUACCUAAAUAACAUAACACUAUAGUGUUCCUUUAAACUAGAGAGUUUAUAAUUGAUGUUUUGAUCCAAACAUUUUCUGCCUGUCAGCCUUGGAUGGCCGACAUUGAAUGGUGAAUGUCAACCUCUCUCAAGUCUACAAAUGCACAGAGAAUUUAUGAAAUCCUCUAGCAAGAAUGCACAGGACAAAUGAAUGAAAGCAAAGUGUACUGCAGUAGCUAAUUUAUAUAUUUUAGAAACCUGUUGAAUUUUAGGGACACACAUGCAUAUGUAGUAUGUGUAAUUAUUUCCACUAUUGUAAGUUUAAAAGCCGUGAAAAAAUGGUUAAGCAUGCUUCUUUCAUGUAUCGUUUUUAGUUUAAAAAAAGAAAAAUAUAGUGUCAUAAUGUUUAACCUAAAAUAAAUACCAUUCAUAUAAGUGAUAUGUAAUUUUCAUUGUAGAGUUUAAAAUGUGAGUUUUUUUGUUUGUGAUUUUUCCCACAUCAGUUUGCAUAACAUGCAAUGCAUUAUGGAGUUAGAAUUGAGAAAAUCUUGAUUGACAGGUAUGCUCCUGAAUUGGUUCUUGCAGCACACAUAAUCUCUCCUGCCCUUGCUCCCACGCUGGGCACAUUGUGGUGGAACAGCCUCUCAUUAUUGAAAGACGUACAUACUUUCAAUGUGCAGACAGGUUCCCUAAACAAGCUAACUUACUGAAAAUGGUUUCACUAAUUUUUAUAAACUCUCCCAUCCUCCCCACUUUCUCAUUUCUCAUUCUGGUUCUUUGACAGAUCAUGCAUCUUUUAAACUAUGAGUUUUGGCUAAACAGGAAACUGAACAACUCUUCAAUUGUGUACUGACUCGUGACUCUUAUCAAGCCUUCUAGUGAUUGGUUGAAGGUGACUUUCCAAUGGCCAUGACUUAUAGUGUAGAAGAUUUGCACUAAUAGAAGAUCUCAAGUUUUUUCUGGCUCUCAGGCAUUUGUUUUUUGAAACAAUUCCCCACUCUUUUAUGCUUAGUUGAGUUGUGGCCAAAAGUUGCAUAAUUCACAUUAUCUUUUGGUAAACUUUAAAUCUAUGUAUUUGAACAGCAUACAUUCUAUUUGGAAGCUUAGUAGGGUUACAGGAAAAAAAGUACACUUUUGUAAAUGUGUUUUUUUGUUUUUAGGAUACGGUACAUUAAAAAUACUCAAAUACUGCUUAUUUUAUGUAAACGUAAAUGUGUUUGUUUUUAAAAGCGUACUCAUCCAAAACCACUGCAUUAUCUUGAAGUUGUAUUUUGUGCAAAGGUGAUGCCCCCUUUCUCUGGCAGUGUAAAGCAUUGCUAUUUCUGAGAAACCACAAUGUAUGUAUUUUCAGUUUGUCUGAGAACACACAAAUUAGUUGCUGUUUUUGCUACCUCAGACUCACUCAGACCCCGCACUUAGAGGACUGGGCUUCCACAACAGACAGCAUCAUGGGAUCUCUCUCCAAUAGCAGUUCCACUACAGUCUGCUACGCUCAUACACAUUUCUAGCACACAAGUCUAGCUGUUCCUUCUACAGGCACAUAACUUCCAUGUCAUUCACCGAAACGUACAUUCAGAUAUAGUCAUACACAGUUGCCAAUGUAGGUAUUUUCCCUCUUCUUCUCACUGGUGCCAGAAGAGAUGUGAGAUGUGCUCAGCCACGGUAGAAGAAUAUAUAUUGUUAUAUUGUUGAUCUCUGGUGCUGGUGAGAACUGGAGCAGAGACAGCUUUCCCCUUUCCAGCUGGCAAUGUCCGCCUUGAUACAGCGCGUGAGUGGGAAGGAACCAGUAGUGCUGUACUAUAGCGUUACUCAAUGAAAAACUGAAUCCCUGGGCACUUCAGGGAUCAGCUACAGGACCUUCAAUCUCUGCUUCCUCAUCUUCAGUAGUGGUGGGCAGCAAUGCAGAGGUAAGGGAGAAUUAUUGUCUAGUGUGCAUGCAUGGGCAGCUGGUCAGCUGUUUGUACUACACAUCCUAAAUCCAUUGGUUUUUUGAAUAUCCAGAUAUUCAUGCCUCUAACAUCCCUUUUUUUUAUCUGCACGUGCAGACCUGUAGGAAUUUAGAAUUUAUUCAAAGUAACCCUAUGAUAGCCUGGUUAUACUGUGUAUUAAGAUUUCUUGGCUCAGGCCGACCCAUCUGAUUAUUUUAUUGACGUGACCAGGAAGCCCCAAAUAAUCUUACCGCACUCAUAGCAAUGAUUCCUUCUGUAGUCACACACUGUUAUACUCAUAUUGUGCAGUUUUCAUACAUUACAUAACUUAGGGAAAUGUCUCACUGAUCACAAUACCUGUUAUGCGAUAACAGAGAUCCCAGCUUCAAAAAAUAUAGAGCAGUGAAAUUGAUUAAAACAAAUCCUAGGCACAUACUACUGAAAUAAGUGUAAAAUAACAAAAAAUCUUUAGUCUCAACAUCUUUAUGGUUUACUGGCUGAUAUUUGAAGAAUUAUGCAAAAUACUUGCAUUAACAAUCGGUGAUAUUCAGGUGUAUGUACAGCUGUGCUAAAAUUAUGGUGAAUUGAUUCGCACUGGAAGUAGAAUAACUUUGAAACAGGAACAUAAAGCACUUAUUGGUGUACGUUUGGGAAGAUAUAAGCUCCCCUGUAUGUUGGCCCGUGUGUGUGUGUCUUGCUCCAGCUAAACUUUGAAAGGCACAGCUAGGAGAACAUAAUUCAUUAUAAGUGAAAUCAGAAGUGUUUAUGAUCUGGCUCAAUCACGCUUUAAAUAAAAAUUUGAAUAAUGUCCUAAAAUAAUAGCAGGAUGUACAGAAAUGACCUCUAACCUAUUCUUGGGUGAAUGUAACAUUUACCCUCUGGAAUUCGUAUGAAUAAUCAUUUUUAUGCUGAGAACUGACUGUUUAACGGGAAGAACACUUCUUUUCCUGGCAUUCAGCAAAGGAAAACCAUGGUCAGUGCUGACGGGCAAAAGCAAUCACUGUUUUUCAAACCUGUAAUGUGGUUGACAGUGUUUUGUAUAUGGACUCUCUGGCUAAUGCUCUAAGUGUAACUGUGUGGAUGUUUAUUUAGAAAUGGUCCAAUUUCUGCUGAAAGGUAUUGUGUUAAAGGACCACUAUAGUGCCUGGCUCUGGAAGGGGGUUUAAACUUACCUUUUUCCAGCGCUGGGCGGGGAGCUCUUCUCCUCCCCGUCGGCUGAAUGCGCACGCGCGGCAAGAGCUGCGCGCGCAUUCAGCCGGUCACAUAGGAAAGCAUUCAUAAUGCUUUCCUAUGGACGCUGGCGUGCUCUCACUGUGAAAAUCACAGUGAGAAGCAUGCAAGCGCCUCUAGUGGCUGUCAGUUAGACAGCCACUAGAGGAAAUAGGGGAAGGCUUAACCCAUUCAUAAACAUAUGUUUAUGAAAGAAUGGGUUAACCCUAGCUGGACCUGGCACCCAGACCACUUCAUUAAGCUGAAGUGGUCUGGGUGCCUAGAGUGGUCCUUUAAGGAUAAGGGGGAAAAAUUAAAUAAAUACAUUUUAGGGAUUUUUUUGGUCGGGUUAGAUUUGGUCAUGUAUCUCUUAUGUGUUUUAGUUAUAGGCUGCAUGCUCUGAGAAUAUUUUGUUUAUGGAAAAAUAAUUGAAUAUGUACUAUGCCUGUCCUUGGCCUAUAAUUAAAUACAACAUUUUCUACAUGUGUAAUAUUUCAGAAAUUAAGUCGCAAUGCAUUUUGGAGUGUUUGUCUGCAAGUGCUUAUCUUAAGCACAAAAUUAUUAAGCAACGUAGUUUGAUUUUGAGUGUAAAAAUACACUGCAAUCAAAUAUUUAAAUGUCCAAAUUUCUCCUUACUAUAGACAAGUGAAAAUUUAACACGUUCAUUAGAACAUUUUUUUAUUAAUUCCCCCCUGUCCUUCCUUCAUCUAUCAUCAUACUAUAUGAUGCAGGUUAUUGAACACACAUUGUUGGCCACACUCCCACUAUUGCAACCAGAGAAGGAAGCAAACCAUUUCAGGUGGCCUGCGCUAGGAAUCAAUUGCAGUGUGAGGUCCAGUGAGUUUGGGGCUUAGAAUCUGAACCUUGGAGAUUAAGUUGAUUUGGAAUGGCAAGUAAGUGAGCUAACCAGUGUGGUGGUGAAUAGCAAUUAGAGCUAUCAUGUCAUAGAAAGGUGGUGGAUGCUUUUAAUGUAAUCAACAUUGUAUGGGGCUAAAUUAUAGUAUUGCCAUUAGACGAUUGAAUCACAGGGCAUGCCCAACACCAUCAUAACCAAUUUACUUGAUUGCUUUGCCUUUUGGAGGAUUUUUUUCCCCAUCUAAAAAGUUGCAUGUGUUGCUAAGUAUAGCUGCAAGAAUCAACUUUUAUAUGUAGUUAGAACUGUGCAAUUAUUAUUGGUCAGUUAGACUGUUAAAGCCUGGUUUCUUUUGACUUCAAACAAUCCUUCUGACACUUUCUCUUCUAGUGUAAAAGUGUAUCAAGGACAGUAGCCUGUUUAAUAGGUCAAGUGUAAUAGAAUCCGUCAAUUUCCGAGCUUGAGAGAGGAUUGUUAACGGAGCUUUGGGAAUACUUUAAAUGGCUAGGUCCUUUGAAGGUCUAUGUAAAAAGGCUGUAUUUGGAAUGCUAUGCAUUGCAUAGAUCAGUAUUUAAAACAAGUGUUCUUUCAAUUUAACUACUUUUCUAAUAUAUAAUUACCCAUGGUGUGCAACUUUUAGUUAGCUUAUGGUAUCGUUAAACAAUAUUUUUUUUUUGUGAUAGGUUCUUACAGAUCUCUCAUGUGCUAGGAAUUGAAAAUGAUGGCCCAAGUUGUGGUUUUAUUUAAUUCUGAAUAGAUUUAUGCUAUAUAUAUAAAUUCUUUCUGUUUUAUAUUCGUCCUACAUAUGAUGUUGUACUGGAUUCAAUGCUUAUUCACGAGAAGCAUAUCUUGCAGAGCACAACAGUACUUGCUCUAUAGCCCCCAUUGCAUUGUAUUGGCCCAGAGUUCAUCAGUAUUGAUCUCCCAGGGACAGAGUAGACUUCAGAAGUGGAGAUGGUCUUGACGCUGGAUUAGAGGCAAGUCUGCUUUUUUAAAAAAUUAAGUACAGGGGGUUUUACAUUCAAAAUUAAACCAAGGAACCCUUUGUUAUACAUUUUUAGUGGGGUAGUGUUCUUUUAAACAUUUUCAAAACAUUUUGUUAGAAUGGCACAUAAAAUACUAAAGAUAGAAAUAUAAAUGUAAACAAAAUAGGUUAUUUAUGAAGAAAUAUUAGUAAUCCACAAUAUGCAAGAUAUGUACUACACUUGUGCAAAAUUCUGUUUGGAGCAGUUUGUCUGAAUUUUAUUAUUUUAUAUAUUUAAUUCCAACAUCAUUAGAAGAUAAUGUGCUAUUUAACGUAUUGCGUGUUUUUCUCAAUCGUUUGCGGAAUCUAAGAUUUAUCCAUCCCUGAUAAACGUCUAUACUUUACUUUUUAAGAACUGUAAAUUCUGUAGUUUGCGAUUAGUUUUGUUUUUUGUUCCUCUUAUGUUGUGUCCCUCUUGGUAAAGCAUGAAUCCUGAAUGCAAAAUGUUACAUUUAUUUAGUAGUUGCUUUUACCUGGAGACAGAAUAUUUUACAUUCUAAUCAAGCUCCCAAUUCUAUUAUUGUUUUGUCACCUGCCAUUUUAAUAGCACUCCUUAACCUGUCAGGCAUUGUGAUUAAUUAGUCUGCACAUGCAAGUCCUUUCUAUUUUUCACCUGUCAUAGCAAAGAAAAAUGAUGUGCCUUCACAUACCAUGUUUCCACGGAAUUGCUUGUUCUGAAUAUAAGUUACUGAUGUCAAAUAACACUUAAAGGACAUCUGUCACCUCAGAAAUAUUUUUUAAUUAUUGUUUCAUCAAGUUUUGAAGUGGGGAAGACCAUAGAGACCAUCUAUUUUCAAACACUCUGACCCAAGGUGUGUGUGUAUAUGGCUGAAGGAUUGUCAUAUACUAAAAGUAGGGAUGCUUUUUUUUUUUUUUUUUAAUUAAGUUUAUUUCCUUUUAGUACUUAUUGUAUGAAAAAUAUCUUGAGGUGACUGUUAUCCUCCAAGCACUCUCUUCCUAAAUAAAUGUAUGAUGGCUUUUUUUUUUUUUUUUAAGAUUGUGUGUGGACAUAGAGUCAUAAGCUAUAUAGACGGAUAUUACUUGGAUAUAAUAUAUUUUCUCUAAACCUUAGAUAAUCAAAAUCUUUCCAAUUAAAUUUAUUACAUGUGUUGCAGUGAAUUGGAACUAUGUUUUUUUGAUUUUUUUCGGAUGUUAUUUUGGUGUUCCAAGAUGCGCUCCAUUAAUAUCCUGCAGGUCCGACCUACAUAUUGUUUCCCGCAGGGACAUUGCAGGAUAUAUAUUACAUUUUUAGUUUCACAAUUUAUAUUGGAUUUUAUACUAAACUCUUUCCCUGUUGUGGUGCUUCUGAACCUUUUUACAUUUAAUAAUCUGAGUUCUGUAAGCCUUGCAUUUAUUACAUGAGUGGGGAAACCUUUUCUUCCCUCUAUUGUGUUGUUUCUAUGUGGGUUUCUCAAGGCAUAACUGGGGGCCAAUAUGUUUUUUAAAUUCCUUGCUUUCCUGAAGAUUACUGGUGCUUUUUUUUGGAAGUAUAUUAACAGGUUACCUUAUCAAGUUAAUUCUGAAUAUUGUGCAUCAAGUAUGCACGGUUACAGUCAGUUGUCUAUGCCAAUCAGUCUGGUAAACAAUUUUUUUUUUUUUUUUUAAUUUGCAGAAAUAAACAUGGCUAAAUGAGGCAAAAUUAUGUAAGAUGGCCACACUGAGCCCUAAACAGGUAUUACAUAGUAGUAUUGGUGUUGCUGUAAUUUGUGGAAUUCCCUGCCAUGUAUUUGGUGGUUGGUAUGGAGGCAGAUGCCUGCUCAAAGUAGAACCUAUUGCUGUCUUUCCCCCAUUGAUGGAGUAGCCUUUCAGAGUCAAUAUGAGCUUGUCAAGGCUACGACUUCAUAGACUUCAGAGGUCAGCCUUUCUCAGGUUGGCUGUGAUGCAAAUGAACUAUAAUGCUUAAACAACUAUUGGAAUUUUUAUGUCUGUUUCUUUUUUUCCGUCUUCCCUCACAAAGUCAUUGACGAGACAUUCAGUGCUUUCUAAAUUGGAAGUUGCAUUGUACUAAAGACCAAGUACAGAUUUACGGAGGGCUGAAAGCAGUUAGAUCAUGUUCUUUUCAUGGUGCGAUUAGAUUCAAAUCGAUUUCCCUACAGCCUUCAGCAUUCAAAUGACAAUUUGAACAAAGCUAGGGGCUAGACAAGGGACAAAACGACUGAACUGAAUGUUAAUUACACUCCGCAGCUUUAUUUUCUUUUGAUUUGGAGCUGACUGGCAACUAAAUUAACACAAAGUGUGACCAUAACUGCUGGCCCAUUCAUUUAAAAGGGGAGCAGCCUUUAAAAAGACUAUCUUUACAGAAUAAGAUCUGCUGAUCCCUUGGAGCAAAGGCACAGUUUCGCUUUACAAAAAAUACGAGAGCAAAAAGAAAUACCUGAAAAAAGGGCUGGAUUUAUAAAAGGCAUCUUUUGAAUAUUGAAAGUGACAAAUGACUAUCCUAAGUAAACUUUCAUUAAGCUCCCACUCUUAAGAGAAAAUCUCGACACCCUUGGACUCCUGCCAUGCAUCACAAUUGAGGUUUAAUUGGUAAUCAAGCUUGUUAUGUUUGUGACAUUUCAGUGGGAACUAUCGGGCAGCGCUAAUUGUUUAUUAACAUCUUACAGUAAAAUAUGACAAUUUGUCUCCCAUGUAAAAACUCUAAAUGUUCAACAUAGAAUUUUUUUGGUGCUACGGCUGCAGGCAUGUUAAUGCAGCAAUAGGCAUUUUCUUGUUGUGCAUUGCAGCUGCACUGUUUUUGAUGAGCAAGGAACUGUGCUGUCACUCUGCACCUGCAGAUGCCUUCUCUCUUUACACCUGGCGCCAUGGUUUAUCCCCCGUGAUCUUACACUUUGUCCUUUCCUGCUUCGUUUUAUUAGGAUCUCCUAAUACCCCUUUAAAAACUGCUUUUUUAAAUCAAUUUAUUUUGACAUGUGCUAUAGCUUUAUCAGCUGUAAACAAGACAAGUUUGUUUCUUGGUGGCUUAAGCAAUAUUGUGUAAAAAAAAAAAAAAAGUAUUAUUGUAAACCCCUUAACCCCUUAAGGACCAAACUUCUGGAAUAAAAGGGAAUCAUGACAUGUCACACAUGUCAUGUGUCCUUAAGGGGUUAAGGACACAACUUCUGGAAUAAAAGGGAAUCAUGACGGAAUAUUUCUGUCAUGUGUCCUUAACCCCUUAAGGACACAUGACGUGUGACAUGUCAUGAUUCCCAUUUAUUCCAGAAGGUUGGUCCUUAAGGGGUUAAAGUGCCUAUUUCAUAAGAGGACGCUUUUAUUAGAGCCCCCAUCCCGUUUUAUUAAACAUGCUUCAUCUCUCAGUACGAAAGUACUUUAGUUAUUUAAUAGUGAGUUUUCUCUUAGAGCAACUUUGGCCAAUGCACGUGGAAAGUAUCUAUUUUUUUAUUACUCAUAUAAUUCCAUUAACCCCUUAAGGACAUAUGACAUGUGUGACAUGUCAUGAUUCCCUUUUAUUCCAGAAGUUUGGUCCUUAAUGGGUUAAAGUGAAGCUGUAAUGAAAAAUGGCUCUUACCUGAAAUUGUUCCCAUAUACAUUGAGAUCACCAUAUAUCACAAAGAUGCAUGGUGUGUUUAAUGCCAAAUAUUUUUAUUUACUCACCUUUUCUCCUUUCCAGCUCUGCUUCAUGGGUGUUAACGCUUAGUGUAACAUCCACCUCCGGUCUGUCAUCCGCUCUUCCUGGUCUCUUCUUUGAUUUGCCCUGCUUGGGUCACAUACCCAAGCAGGGCAAUUCUCCUCCUCAGUGAUGUCGACAAACUGACGCCUCUGUCAGCGUACCAGCAUUGGAAUAGAGUGAUAUCAUACCCUCUGUUCCUCAGCAUGCACAGUGGUUGCUAUGGGUGGAGAGCAGAGGGACCUCCUGUGGGAGGUCUUUUCUGAUCUGCCUCGGCAGUCAAUGCCUCAGAGAAAAAUGUUUUUUUUAAAAUAGGGUUUUCUCCUAAUUUAUACAUUUGAUAGCAAAACUGCUAGCACAGUGUAUAGAUAAAAUUGUUUAUGCUCAGUCUAAUGAGCAUAGGUUGUUUUGGUAUGAUAGAUCACCUUUAAUGUCUUUUUGGAUAACUUUGGCAUGCAGAGAUGUGUUUGUCAUCCUGGUAGCAAUUGGAAAAUCAGAUUUCUUUUAACAGUAUUUGCAAAUUGCGGAGUUUUUUUCUAACAAGUAGUUGCGCUGUGGGAAUGUUUCUAAAUGCAGGAUGAUGAUCUCACAGUUUUACUGAGAGAAUGGGUGGAAAAAAAUUAAAACUUGGUGGCCAGAUUACAGGUUUAUUUACGAAGUGAGGAUUUCUGUAAAUGUAAAAAAUGUAAAAAAAAAAUAUAUAAUAAUCUCAUCAUUGUUUUCAGUUUGGCUACUUUGUACUUAAAUGUGAAAUUGACAUAAAUUCUCACCUUAAUAAAUAUCCUUGUUGUAUGCUUUAAUGGGGGAGGAGUAAAUUAGUAGACUUGAGUAUCAUUCGAUAACAUUUAUUAAGAUAAACUAAUGCAGUAAAAAUAUGAUUACAUUUUCAGAAUUCAGAGGAACAUAAAUUCUUACCUUUCAAUUAAAGGCACACUAUAGUUUGCAGAACCUACAGCUUAAUGUAGUGGUUUUGAUGGCUAUAGCAAGUCUCUGCAGUGUUAGAACUGUAAAAACUGCCUUAUUGGAGAAGAAGCAGUGUUUACAUUACUGGUUAGUAACUGCAUAGUGUGGCACUGGCAUUCAGGGUCUCCAUGCAGAUAAACGCUCCCCACAGAGAUGCCUUGAUUCAGUGCAUCUCUAUGAGGAGAUGUUGAUUGGCAUAGCUCAGCGUUUUAGUCUGGGAAAUUUCCUAUGUGAAAGCAUUUGAUUGGCUGAGAUCAUAAAGAGUAAUGAUCCAGUGCCACUAGACACAAAUGCAUUUUGCCCUUUCAAAUGAGAAUUGCAUCCUCAGUAUUUUCUUAGUAUUUUAAUUGUAUGUCUAUAUUUCAUUGUCUUUGGGCUACAGCAAUCGCAAUGAUUUGAGACUUUACAUAAAGUCAACAUUGUUUUUCUGUUUUUCAAUAAAAGCGGGCUUUAGAAGAAGUUUUUUUCAGGGUAUUCUCCCCUUUCUAUAAUACAUUAAUUUCCCUUUAUCCCCACCCCCCAAUUUUGGCUAAUGUAUCACAUUCUAAUGUUUAAAUGCUUGACCAUAAAUCCCUGUUUUGUUUACUAUCGAUGUAAAAUUGACAAGCAAGCAUUAUCUAUCAGUGUUUAGAAUAAUCAAGUGCUGAAACCAUGAGAAAUGAAAGCCCUUUGUUUUUAUGCUAACUUGUAGGUGUUAUUUUAUAAUGUUUUUUUUUUUUUUUUGUAGUUUUACAAAUUUAAACAAAUGUUUUGACAAAUGUUAAACAAGUAAUAAACAUAUGCGUACAACAUUAUUUCCAGAUCCCAACAAACCACAACGGUACAUAUUUCAAUGUAUUCUCGUAUAGUUCAUUUCUCAGUUGGGAUACUCAAUACUCUUUAUUCGAUAAUCCAAUUUUUUCCUGAAGAUGCGAAAAACUACUAAUCCCAGAAAUACCGUAUAGGUUUUGAAUUUUUUUUUACCCUAUCUCUAGCUAGUCAUUUAGAUCUUGAAUAUAAAACUUCAAGACUUCCAAAGGAGCAUUUGAGGAGAAUUGAUUUUGGGAGAAGGUGUAUUUCUUCAUCAAUUUUUAUAGAUUGAAAAAUAUGAGAAAUAAUCAAGUUAUCAAUAUUAAGGUUUUUAAAAAGUUUCUUAUCCACCCAUAUAAGACCAAAAGGGUCAAAAGUACUGCACAAACUCCUUUCAUAUAUAUACCAUGCUUUCACCAUUGAUUUAUUUCCCCAUUCUAAAUAGUGUGAGAACAUUACCGUAUCAUGAGUAUAAAAUCUAUUCGGGAAAGAUAAUCCUCCUUCUGCUAAUCUGGCUGACAACUCUAAGCGCGAUCCAAGGUUUCUUGUUACCCCAAACAUAGAAUAGAAAUAGACUAUGAAAUAGUCUCUAUAUGGGACUCUAUUAGGGGUUAUUUUAAAAAUUUCUUAAAUGGGUUUUUUGUUUUAAGAGCUUAACAUAUCCCAAAAUGUGCUACCUGCAUUGCUAUAUUAUAUAGAGCAUUUUCAUGACAAACCUUUUUUUUUUUUGACUUUUGUGCCCAGUACGGAUCGUAGUAAAUUACUUGAGUACAGUAUGCAUUCUUAAGUUUGUUUGUCUGUUAUAACAAAAUUGAUAUGUUGCUUAUGACCCAAACCCCAUUAUGUUUAUGAUUCCCCCUUUAAAAUAUCUGUGGCUAGAUACAAGCUCCUCCUUUAAUCAGACACUCUAUGCCAAUGCCUGUCUUCAAGAGAACAGCCCCUCCCCCACGCACAAGCCUGCAAACCCCUAAAACACUUUGUGUGACGAGUAUGUCCUUUUUGCUAACUAAAAAAAAAGUGCUGCUUUCAAUAGAAAUAGGCUAUUUUAUAAAUGUAGCAUGGUUACAUCCCUUGGUUUUAAGGCAGAGAACAGGUUGUGUUACCUUCUGGUUAGCUAAGUGGAGCUAAACCCAAGAGGCAGCACAUGUUUUGCAAAGACUUCUCAUUGACUUCUCAUUGAGUUUGAUUGGACAGCCACAGAAAGUCUGGGUGGGGUUAGAAGAGGGCUUGCAAAGGCUGCAGACAAGAGAAAUGCAUGUUUUGAAAGCUGUUUUUAGAUAUACCCCCAAUAAAAAUACAUAAUUAAAUGCAUGCAAGUUUUUUUUUAACCAUAUAUCUACUAAAUAGUGAUUUUUAUUUAUUUUGUAUAUGGGCAGUGGAGUGUACCUUUAAGAAAGAAUGGAGGGGUAUCUUACAUCACUCCCUUCAUCAAGGGGGCUGUACCAAACAUAAGGAAGCCAUCUGUGGCUUCCUAAGCAUGUUCAGUGCUAAAGAGAAGUUUCUGCCUUCAUUCAGACACUAGACAGAACAUUAAGAAGGAUAACAUGCAGUCAUAAAAUUGUUGGGUUCACUUUAAAGUCCUGGAUUGGUCAGAUUCCUGAAAGCACGACAUUCAGAGAAUGUAUGUGCUUGUAUGAUGCAUUACAUAAUUAAAAACCUAAAGGGAUGAAUGGCAAUGAUAGUGUUCCUAUUAAAGUAACUCUUCAAGUACCAUAACUGCUAUGUUUGUGUUGAUUAUUGUGCUUUUAAGCUGUCCCUGCAAAGUUGUGACAUUUUAUGCAUCUUUUGCAAACUCUCCAGCACCAAAGUGUCUCUCCCACAAUUCCUUGCUUUCAUUUGUUGCCCAUCUCAGCGCAUCAGGCCAUGCUACACCAAACAGUGCUGUGUGCGUGCUCACAUGUGAACACACGUAUCUUCGGGAAACUGUCUUCAAUGACACAAGCAGGACAGUGCAUGUUAUCAUUGUACAAGUAUUCAGUUGAUUGAAAUGAGAAGCUAAACUUCCCUGAAUUACAUCUGAUUAGCCCUUAGAGGUAUGUUCGUGAGUUGGAGAACACACUAUAUGCAAACACAUAAAGGAAAACGUAUUCUAGAAAAAUAAAAUAACUAAUUAUUUGCUUUUAUGGGAACUUGGUCUGUGUAUGGCUUUGUUGUGCUGUGUCUCUUGCUUAUUUAUUUUCUUCCCCCUCGUGGUUGAAAUAAUUUCUCUCCUAGUUACUAGUCAACACCAAUACUUAGAGAUUACCACAGACCACCCUGUACCCAGCCACUGUCCUGUUGAUUACAAAACAGCUGCACAGUGAAUUUUAUUUUUUGUCUUCCAGUGAAGAGUAAAAUUCUCUCUCAUUUGUCUUCUAGACACGAAGAUCGAUUGAGAAGUUAUUGGAAUGGGAAAACAAUAGGAUAUACCACAAGGUGAGUACCACAGGGAGCAGCUUUGCAGUGUUGAAGUCUGAAUUGCACAGUAUGGAAACAGAUGCUUUUGUUAGGCUAAAAAUAUGAAAGGUGGAUAAAUGGUCUAAUGUGUGUACGGCACUCUAAUGGAAAGUCAUUUUUCUUCUUUUACGAUCUCUCUCUUCCAGCUGUGCUUGCACUGGCGAUUGAGCAAAAGGAAAUGUGAAACCAACAACAUGAUGGAAUAUGUAAGUUAAAGGCUGUUUUGUGAGUCUCUCUAUUAAAUGAUCAUUUAUUUUGCUUCUGAUCUUAUUCAUUUGGUGAUUAUUAAUCAGUAAAUGUGUCAUGAGCUUAAUCACCCGAAUGGAAGGAUUUUCUACGGUUCCCAGAUGCAUAGGCUCAUGUGCAGGACUGAUUUAUAAAGUUAUGAAGGGCUUGAAUACAAGUCUUCACUGUGUUGUAGAAAAAAAAUAAUAGAUUGUUAAAAUAAAAUAGCCCAAGCAUGCAUUGAAAGGGUGUGAAAUGUGUUUUGUUUUUUUCCUCCCCCUUCUUCUAUAUGAAGUAUAAUCGUAACUUUGGCUGCCCCGCGAUUAGCAUCAUACUCUGUGGCAAUAUCCAAGUUCACUUUCAGUGUUACUCUCUAAGCCAUAAAGAAGAAAAAUUUUCAUGGGGUCAACUGGCAAAACAUAAUGUAACCCAGAGUCUGGUCAACUCUUUUAUUACAAUUAACUGAAAACUUGUUUUAAUAUUUUAUCAUGCAUCAAUGUACAGAGAUCAUUUUUAAUCCUUUUAUUUUAGUUAUAUCUUUAAUGUUUUAAUAAAAAAUAAAUUUUAUAUAAAAUUAUUUAUAUAGAAUAUUUAUUUUAAAAAUGGUGAUAACAUUUGGUUUAGUGUUUACACUGUAGUGACAUAUUAAUUAUAAACUUUUGCUACAAAUGUUUUCCUCAUGUUGGCUUUGUGUUUUUUUGUUUUCUUUUGUUAUUGUUUUUUGUUUUGUUUUUUAUUUGCCAUCAGUGAUCAUAAUACUGAAGCUGUGUGUAAUGGAAAAAAAACAUACCUGAUUUUUCUACUUACCUGUUGAGUCCUGUGACAUAUCCAUAUCCCUCUGUAGACUUGUAUAUACAACUUGUGUUCCUAUUAAAGGACAUAAAUUUUUAUUUUUUUUAAUAGAUCUCUACAUUAUGCAAGUGGCGUUGCUACUAAAUAUGUACAAUUAACAAAAUCUAAAGGAAAACAUUAUAUAUAACCACCUAUUAAACAGUUCUUGGUACAAACCGUUAUGGUGGUGACAUGCUAAGGCUUAACAGAAAGACAAGCCUAUAAACCCUGCUCACCUUCUAGGCAACUACCAUGCUUGAGUGGCAGUGUACCGUAGUUGCUGUGAUUCCUGAAGCAUUAUGUUUAAACUCCUGUCCGCUGUAAUUGGUGGAGCCAUUUUAGUUUAGAGGCAAUGCCCAAUAACCAUUGUCAUUUUGGAUGCAACAGUGUUAGAAUUAAGUACAAAGUUUACCACUCAUGGAAAAUAUGUUCUUCACUUUAAGAAUAAUUGUAGAUAUACUUGUAUACAAGGCUUUUAGGAAAUGCUUUUGUUUUUUACAGACCUAAAGCUGGUUUAUAGUAUUCCAGGAAGACUGUUUAGAUCUAAAAAAAAAUAAAAAAUUACAUUACUCGCUUUACAUGGGUUUAUUUUUUAUCUACAAUUAUUUUCAUUUUUAAACCCAUGAAUCCAAUUUAAUGAUGUAACCUUUUAACCGAAUAUUUACAGUUUUAUGUUGCAUAAUACAAAUAGGUUUGCACUUUAGCCUCUUGUAUUCAUAGCAUGACUGACAUGCAAUUAGGGCUAUCUAUUUACAUGGUUGUUAGCCAGAGGUGCAAAUUUCAAUUGUGUGAUAUUUCCACGAUACACCAAUAUGGGAAGAAAACCAGUUCGCAUAUAGAAAAAUCACAGUCCCUCAAAACAUCCUUGAGCACAAAUUUGAUGCAACAGAGAUUCGACAAGUGCAAAUUCAGCACACUGCAAAGGUGCUUGGUUAUUAUUAUUGCCAUUUAUAUAGCGCCAACAGAUUCAGUAGCGCUUUACAAUAUUAUGAGAGGGGGAAUUUAAUUAUAAAUAGGACAAUUACAAGAAAACUUAAAGGAACGAUAGAUUGAGGAGGACCCUGCUCCAACGAGCUUACAGUCUAUAGGUUAAUAGUAUGUUUGCCAUGCUUUUAUGUUGUAGGCCUUGACAUGUUUAAGGGUAGCCCUGAGUAUAGUUUAUAUUUAUAGCUUUAUGAAUACAUACUGAAAUAUCAACUCAUAGUACACCCCUAAAAUGAAAUUUUACAAAAUUUUAACUGAAAUUUAAUCUGUUUACAUUUUCCAAUUAUUAUAUAAAUUACUCAUGACUUACAAGGGCAUUCCAUUUUUUUUUUUUUUUUUUAACCAAGCAUAACUUUAUUUAAAAUGAAUUGAUUGAUGUAAUACAUGGUGGCUACAGUAAUAUUUGUUUUACAAUGAAUUGUUCUAAGGAAAUUAAAUAUUCAUAGCUGGGGACACUGAAAAGGGCCAUUGACACUUGGUCAUUAAUUAGUCUCUAAAGAGACAUGAUUAGUUGUAAGUUACACUUCCAUUGUUAAGUUACUAUCAAAGGAAUUGUCCCUUGUUUUGAAAUACAAAAGUGUUGAACCGCAUAACUGAUGUAGUCCAUUAAUAAUUAGCCAGGGCCUACGCUAACAGAUUUAGUGACCUCUCAACCAUGUGUUUGUAUGGCUCUUUUCAUACAUGAGUGUUGUUGUUUAUUGCCCUAAAACUCCCACUGUGCUGCAUCAUCUAAUGGACACUAAGCUGAAUAGGUAAUGCUUUGGGGUUUGUUUGAUUUUGAAAUGUUUUUUUGCUUCAAUUUCUCCAUGUUAAGUUUUCUCAUGAGUUGAAUUAGGAAAUAAAUGUGUAUGGUUGACCUGACUGAAAGCUGAUUAAUGUUUUUGUUUCAACAGGUCAUCUUGAUAGAAUUUUUACCAAAGACACCAAUUUUUCGACCAGAUUAGCAUUGUCUUUUUAUUUGUUUCCAAGGACUUGAUCCAGUAUCUCUUAUUUCCAAUGGUGCCUUGCUUGGUGCUUUCCCAGUGGUGAUAUCAUGGUUCUACCGAAUUCUGUGGCUUGCUUUCUUUUAUCUAUUUGUUUUGUUCUUGAAUGAGCUACCAACACCAGGUUCAUUUCAAAGUAUUUUUCCUUUGGAGUUGAGAUGGGACUUUUUUGACACUUUUUUUUUUUUUUUUUAGGAGGACUUUUCUUUUUUUUUUUCUUUCUUCUAAAGCCACACUCUGUUUUUAUUCAAAGGUCAAUUGGUGUUCCAUUUUCUUUUUUGUUUUUCUCAUUUCUUCUUUUUUUAGAGGAACUGUUUUUGUUUAUUUUUUUUGAUGGCCUGUCACGUGUGGAACUACAAUUUCUCCGGUCACAGUUCGGGAGCCAAGAUGUCACUGCACCAUUAGGAAUCUCUAUUUACCCAAGAAGAUCUCCUCCUGUCAGCUGGUUCUGCAGCAGAUCUACUGAACAUGUUGGAACUGAAAGAAAUUCUUCAUUACCCCUAAAAUAUUUAUGGAAAUAUGUGCAUGUUGUGGCGUUUUAAUGAAGCUCAGGACCACACUUUUUUUUAUUUCAUUUAUUUGUUUUUUUUAAUCUUUGUUCAGGAGCAAUGAAUUUCCCAAGUCUUGCUUUAUUUACCGGGUAGUCUACAGGUAGAGGGUUAUUAAUGAUGUCUGAUAUUAAGAAAUAUAUUUCUAAAUCCACUUUGUUUACUCACUGCUGAAUGACAACCAUUUAAAUCAUAUGGAAAAUGUAAGCUAAAUUAAUUAAAACAGACUUGGUUAAAAUAUCUUAAACAUUUUCAAAGACCCUUCCAUACUGCUUCACUGCGUCGUAUAGGUUGCAAUGUUUUCAGCCAUGUGGCUGGUGUGAAGGUGUGGUAAAAUGAAAGGCAGUAUGUUUCUUUAUACUGCAAAUUAAUACUUCCUUUCAGUUUAAAUAUAUUUAGCUUCAGUAACAUACUCCGAGGCGAUGCUUGUAUUUUUUUUUUUUGUCACACUCCUGCUGGGAAAACACCUGAAGACACAUUGGGACACACAAUAGAUUACACAUUUCAUGGAUAUAUUUUAAGGUUUACAUUACUUAGUGUUAUGCACAUAUUCAACCUUAAUGGGGGUCAUGCAAGAUUCACCUUUGUUGUGACAUAUAAACUCACUAGUACUUUAUUUUGUUCAUAUUUGUUCCUAUUAAUUCAUCUUAAAUAGCUAUUACAUUUUUGUUUAACUUGUAAGAAUCUGUAUUCUCUAAAAGAACUAGUUCUAAAAAAAAAAGCAACCUGUGGUAUAUGUGUAGCAUUUUGAAUAUAAAUGCUUUGUUUAAACUGGUAAAAAAAUUUAAAUGUUAAUUACCACUAUAUUAUUUGCUCUCUUAUUAAGUAUAUAUGCCAUUGCUAUUCUUAGCAAUGAUUAGAAGGAUAUUGUAUACAUCAGUGGGUGGGAGAAAUAUACCCAGGGGUUUUGUUUUGCUCUUUUUUUUUUUUUUUUAACUUUAAAAUGAUAAAUUCCAUUUAAGUUGGGAGAACAUAAGGAAGACGAGCUUGUUUUGUUAUUUUUAUGAAAGGAUGCAUAGCCAGUACUAACACAAAGUGGGUGAUAUUGUGUAGAAAUGCAGUUAAUUGCCUCUUUUUGCCUUUUUGUUUAUAAUUUUACACCAGUUUGAAUCCUACAAUGCCUUUUGUUGUUUUAUGUGCAUAGCCAAUGCAGGCAGUGGUAUGCACCAAAGCUGUGAUGGUUAAACAUGGCACUCCAGGGGUUUGAAAACUACAUUGCCCACCAUGCAUAACCAGCCUACAAGCAUCCUGAGUAUGGCGGCGGAAAAUGUAGUACUCCAACAUCUGUGGUGCAAAGGUUCGCUAUCGUUGUACUAUAGCCUUUACGUAAGGAUAAUCAAUCGUACAUUCUCGGAUGUCCAUGUAUGUGGUAGCUGUAUUCUGCUUGGCCUAGUUAUGUUUUGUCAUUAUAUUUGUAUACUAUUAAAAUAUAGAAACCUCAA